GGGCGUCGCUGCUGAGCCACGCACUGCGUUGCCUGCAGAGACAGAGAGGAAACCAACCAAAAACAUUUUGCUACAGCUGAUUCGGACGCCAUUUUUUUUGUCGCGAACAUAAACAACAUCAGUCGCGUUGGCAUUUGGAUGGCUCGCUGUUUGGAAGAAAGCGACAACAGCCUCCCCGCUGCAGCGCGCUCCUUUUCGACCGAAGAUGACGGUUUGAUUCGGUCCCCCUGAGCCACCGAGCUGGUCGGAGAUGGGAAUCCAGGGUGGAUUUCCUCAACGGGAGGGAGCGGAGGUUUAAAGGGGGGCGUGGAGGGCAGCAAACGGGCCCCUUGCUGCUCGUCAGCCCUGAGGCGAUGGACCAAGAGUACGAGAGACGGCUGCUGAGGCAAAUCAACCACCAGAACCUGCCCACUGAGGCCCGCCUGUCAAAGUGUGUAAGUGCUACUUGCAGUCCUGUCAGCAUUAAGUCAGGUGACCGCUUCAUUCCCACCCGCGCUGGAAGCAACUGGAGUAUCAACUUCCACUACGCCAACGAGAACUGCCGCUCCCCAAAUCAGACCCAUAAAGCAAAGGAUGUCACUACAGAUUCAAGCAAAGAUGCUGUGGCAUAUGCUGCCCUCUUGAGGAAUGAGUUACUGGGGGCAGGGAUAGAGACCGUGCCAGACACUCUCACAGACGACCGGCGUCACGCUGUCCUCACUCAAGACUCUCACAGCCUUUUUAGGUACACUGUCCACACUAAGAGAGUGCCUUUCGAUAGCGAUAAUGAAGUCUCACCUUACUCCCUUUCUCCGCUUAGUAACAAGAGCCACAAGCUGCUCCGCUCCCCUCGUAAACCAGCCCGGAAGAUCUCCAAGAUCCCCUUCAAAGUGCUGGAUGCUCCGGAGCUGCAGGAUGACUUCUACCUCAACCUCGUAGAUUGGUCAGCGGGCAACUUGCUCAGUGUCGGCCUGGGAGCCUGCGUCUACCUUUGGAGUGCCUGCACCAGCCAGGUGACGAGGUUAUGUGACCUUUCUGUGGAUGGAGACUCUGUUACGUCAGUUUGUUGGAAUGAGAGGGGGAGUCUUGUGGCCGUCGGAACCCAUAAGGGUUACGUUCAGAUCUGGGACGCCACAGGAGGGAGGAAGCUUACCAGCCUGGAGGGUCACUCGGCACGUGUAGGUGCCCUGGCAUGGAACGGGGAACAGCUGUCGUCGGGGAGUCGGGACAGAGUGAUCUUACAGCGGGAUGUCAGAACCCCUCCGUCGGCUGAGCGGAGGCUGCAAGGUCACAGACAAGAAGUGUGCGGUCUCAAAUGGUCUCCUGACCACCAGCAUCUCGCAUCCGGAGGCAACGACAACAAGUUGCUGGUGUGGAACAGCUCCAGCCUUCUCCCGGUGCAGCAGUACAGUGACCACCUGGCAGCAGUGAAGGCCAUCGCCUGGUCCCCCCACCAGCACGGGCUGCUAGUGUCGGGGGGCGGCACUGCCGACCGCUGCCUGCGCUUCUGGAACACUCUGACGGGUCAGGCGCUGCAGAGCACAGACACCGGCUCCCAGGUCUGCAACCUGGCGUGGUCCAAACACGCCAACGAACUGGUGAGCACUCACGGCUACUCUCAGAACCAGAUCCUGGUGUGGAAGUAUCCGUCACUAACACAGGUGGCCAAGUUGACUGGACACUCUUACAGAGUGCUGUACCUGGCUGUGUCACCAGAUGGGGAGGCCAUCGUUACCGGAGCCGGGGAUGAGACUCUACGUUUCUGGAACGUCUUCAGUAAGACACGCUGCACCAAGGAAUCAAAGUCAGUGCUGAACCUCUUCACAAGAAUACGGUAGUGAACGAACGGGUCUGGACUGGUUUCUGGAGGAGCCUCCCGAGCUGUGGUUGAAAUGCACAAAGUCACUUACAGACUAGCACUUAGAGCCCUCUCAUCCCAGUGCACCAACCACCAGUCAGGCGGUCCUCAAGUCCACGUUUUCUAUAGAGGAUGCAGUCACAACUUCCAACAACAACUGCCAUCCCUCACAGUGACGUCACUGAUUAAAAAAACGAACACAAAAAAACUAGCAGUCUAUUGUCAGGACAUAUUGUCUGCUUAAAAAAAGUCGGUCUUGUUAUUUUUUUUCCUGUUGUGUAAGUGAUAAAAUUGUUUUUAUUAUAUAUUAGCAGCAGUAUACAUGUACAAGAGUUAUAAGCUAUAUAAAGUAAUGUCACAUUUUAAAAAUGCUCUCCUUCUUUGUAACAGAGAGGAGGAGGAGAAGAAAAAGAAGCCUGGUGUGGGGGGAGGGAGGGGAGGGGUUUUCUAAAUUUUGAUAAUGUGUGAAUAUGAUCUACAAGCAGCAUAUACAAGAGAAGAGAAACAAUAAAUAAGUGAACACACGCACAGUGGAUCAUGCAGCUGCAAAGAAUGACCUGUGUAUUGGUGUUUUGUC